GUGCGGUUCGCGGGGUUUUUGUGUGUAGUGAGGGAUACAUGGAUGGAGGGAGGGAAUUGCUUUCGGUUUUCGUGCGUGCGUCACAUGAUGAGCGUGCUGUAUAUAAGUCAGUCACUGGAGCGUGUGUGCCCCCGGUCGGUUGGUUGUGUUAGAUGCCUCUGGGCACAGACAACGGUUUUGACUUUGCCUUCUUUCGCCCCCUCGGCCUCUGCUUCCCACCCCCUCUCUCUGUUUCUCUGUUUAUGUGUGUGCCGUGCUGAGACCACAUGUAUAUGUAUACGUAUGUGCGGUGGAUUGCGUUUGGUAUGCGUAUGUGUAUGUGUGUGUGUGUGUAUGUGUGCGAAUGGGACACAUACACAUGAUUUGAGAUAUUUGAACCCCUCUUGGAUUCACUCACAAUCGUGUCCAGCUUGCUGACUCACCCACUUCUGCUCACUAUGGUCGACGGUGAGGGUCGCGACUCGUCUGCGAAGCGUCGCAAGACCGAGGGCGCAGAGGACGAGCAGGCAACACACGAUGACACAGACCAGGUACGGCACAGAGGGAGAGACACAUCCGGUGAUGCAUUCACUGCUUUUCGUGUGUCAGGUUGUGUCCAAGUUACGUGUGUGUGAGGAACGUUUGCGUGAGGACGCUGGUGGGUCGAUGAGGAAGCACACACGUCUCUCUCUCUCGCCGAUUGGCUGUCUCCUUUGUGUGUCAGAGAGUCUGCUGCGUGAGUUCAACGAGUGGGUAUCGUCGAUGAUGGAGCACCUCUCGCAGAUCACACACGCAUCGUAAGGAGAGGAAAGACAGACGGAAAGAGAGAGACAUGGACAGACAUGUUCUUUGUGUGCAGGUGUGAGGCAUUGCUGAGCGAGUUUUCACACAAGGUCGACGAACUCGACACACUCACCAAGGAGGUAUAUUGCACGUCACAACCGAAUGCAUGGAUGCAUCCCUCAUAUAUUGUGUGUGGUGUCGCGUGGUCAGAACGACGAGGGCGACGGCCACAUCAUGCAGGCGAGCCAGAUCGCACAGUCCUACAUCCAGAACGACCUCAUGAACGACAGUCAGUCACCUACACCCACCAACAACACAUACAGAAACACGACGAGUUGUUGUCCAACGCCUUCAUGCAGGCGACGAGCAGGGCUGAAGGACGGAGGAUGACGACACGCACAAAUGGGUGCAACAAAUGCAUGUGAUGGAUGGAUGGAUGAAGAGACCAAACACAGACAGGUGCCUGCUGCGGAAUGUUGUUGGCUUGUGUCUCCGUUCGCAACUGAGCAUUACUGCAUCAGACAC